AUGCUUCGUGAAGGCAGCUUAUUCACCCAAUGGGCACUGUGGGCACCGGACAGUGAUGGAGCCUUGCAUCGUACAGGAGUCAAGUCAUGGAACCGAUAUGAUUCGCGCUAUACCAAUAUCACGUUGACGCAGGCUCGGAUUGGCGAGAUCAUGGCCGAGUACAUACGUGAGAAGUGCGCUGACAUGGAGAUCAGGCGGGCCACCAUAGUGGAGGGCUUGUCAGUUCGUGAUGGCGAGGAGUAUCCUGUCGAGGUUCGGACUCGUAACGUCCGGCGUACCAUCAACGGAGAGACAACAGAAGCGCAAGCUUCGAAUGGCAUCAGAGUUGACGAUGAUGAAGAUCUGCUGAAGACGAGCAUCGAUACAAGGACGAUACAUGCCAAGUAUGUUGUGGCGUGCGAUGGAGCGCAUAGUUGGACGAGGCGGCAGCUCGACAUCGCAAUGGUUGGCGAUGACACAGACGUGAUCUGGGGUGUGAUGGAUGUCUUACCCGACACCGACUUUCCGAGCACGCGAGCACUCAACAGCGUCCUGGGUGCUGGCUUCGGCCUCCUCUUAGUCCCUCGCGAACGUGGCCUGAUCCGCGUCUACACAACUCUAGCUAUGCCGUAUCGCUUCUCCUACAAGACCUGUGAGUGGUGGGCUGCCUACCAGAUUGGGCAACGCAUUUCGACCGCCAACAUCGACUCCAGCGGCCGGGUCUUUCUGGCUGGAGACGCUGUCCAUACGCAUUCGCCUCAGGCUGGCCAAGGCAUAAACGUAGGCAUUCAGGAUGUGUGGAAUGUGAUGUGGAGGCUCAAUCUCGUCGUCAAACAGUCCGCCAAGCCCGACAUACCUCAAACCUACUCGGAGGAACGACUCAAAGUCGCCCAGGAUCUCGUGAACUUCGAUCGACAAUUCGCCGCAAUGGCGUCCGGCCAGCCGACUCCUCAAGGGCUGUUUGGGAGGCAGUCGUGGUCCAUCCAGCACUUCUUCCAUCGGAUAGGUGUCAUGGUAGCCGGACUGCAUGUCCACUCCGAGAGCAGCGUUUUGACAUGUACCUCCAAGGAAGACCUAGAGGUAGCCCAGAAAGCUCUCAGUAGUGGGAAAGUGCCGCCAGGAAUGGUGGUAGGUAUGCGACUUAAACCUGCCACAAUCUACCGCCACGAAGACGCGCUCAAGGUAGAGUUCACAGGGCAUGAGGCUUUCCAGAGCGAUGACCGUUUCCGCAUCCUACUAUUCGUGGGCAACCUCCGCACAGCAGAUAACAUGGAGCGACUGCAACACGUCGCCAGUAAGCUCAGCGUUUUGCUGUCCAGAUACGUCUCGAAAGUGUUUGACAUAGUGAUCCUGCACACGGCCAAUCCAACAGAUCUCGGGCUUUCGAAGCCAGUCGCGAGGGCCCAAGAGACGCUAGGCAGCAACACCAGGAUCUUCUUCGACGGUCAACUAGUGGAUGGCAAGCUCGUAAGCUCCGGCGCAGCAUACAAGACCUACCACGUUGAUGCAGAGGCCGGAAAGCUUGUACUGCUACGACCAGACCAGUACAUUGCGUACGUUGGCGAGUUGACGAAUGUAGAGACAGUCGAGCGGUAG